AUGGAUUACACGAUACAAGAAGAAGCUCAGAAGGUUAUACAACUCAGAGAUAGCAUAUUCAAUGACAAAGAAAGCUAUAAUGAUGCUGAAUUCAUACGGUUAAAAAUUGAAAAGAAGUUAAGAGAUGAAGCUGAAAGAACUAAGGACUAUGGGAAAUACCUCAAGAGCGGAAGAGUUGACCUUAUAGACGAGAAGAGAAGAAACCAGCUAGUCACACCAAUAUCUGAGCUACAGGCUGCCUAUUAUGAAAACUACAAGUCAAGAAAAGACCGUGAAGCUGAAAGUCAUGAUCAAGCAAGAUCUAGUCAAAGAACUUCAACAUUAGAGUCUUUUUAUGAUGAAGAUGGUGAUCAAGUACUCAAACCAACUAAAGAUAAUACACAGCAGUUUACUUCUCAAGGUAUCAUGGCGAAUCAAACUAUAUCCCCAAUGGCACCUUCACCAUUGUUACAAAACCCACCACCACAAUUUCAACAACAAAAAUUCAUCAAAGGUAUGAUAAAUGUACCAUAUUUCAAUCCAAUACCUCAACAGAACUCUUCAUCUCCUCCACUUCCAUGGUCUUACGAACAUCAAUUACAAAUCUUGCAAAACCAAGCAAGAGCACAAAAUCCACAACAGAUGAACACUGCACCACCAACACCAUUUCCUUUCAUGCCAAUGUUUCCUCAAAAUAAUCAAGUGUUUCCGGGCUAUCAACAGUUCCCGCAAUUUAAUCAGCAGCAACAACAACCUAUCAAUUAUGGAGAUAGUGCUGGUAAUUUAGAGACUGCAACAAAUCAACAGCAACAGCAAUUACCACAAGGACGCAGCAGAACACUACAACCAUAUUAA